AUGAAUCCCUCUAUGGACGUAGAAGAACUUAAGAAAAGGUACUGUGGUCGUCUACAGCAUUCUCUUUUUGUAUCAUUACUCCUCAUUUGCAUAUUUUACGGUGGCGUUUUUCUCCUUCUUGUUACGCUUAUUUAUCCACAUGACAUCUGGUCUGACCAUGUAAGAAUUUUCACCUUGUCUGCCGUUCUCGGGAUUCUCGUCCUCCUCUUCGUCUGCACGCUGCCCUUCGAACGAUCCUUUUCGCAGUGCUCGUGGCUCGUGUCUGCUGCAGUCUGGCUAUGUCUGUUGACAGCACUCGUCGUCUGCUCCUACAGUAGAAGCAACCAGCGACGACCCACAGACAACGCACUCUUCGUCUACUUAGCAGUAUUUGUAUCGCACACCAUGCUCUCACUGCCAUUGCUGGUUGCCUGCGUACUGGCAGUACUUACUGCAUUGUCGCAGGUGGCUUUAGAAGCUGCCCUUGCCAACGCCGACUUGGACAACCUUGCGAAACAAGUUGGAGCCUGUUCCUUGUUCCUCGCUUGUGGGACGCUAAUUGGUUACUUUCAUCGCCGUACGACAGAUUCAUCUCAUGACAAAACGUUCGCCGGAACCCGAUUUUUCAUAGAAUCUCGUAUAAAGCUAGAAUAUGAGAAAGAGCAGCAAGAACAGUUGCUUCUAAGUGUAAUUCCUGCUUACAUUGCGGCAGAAGUGAAACGCAGCAUAAUGCUCAAAAUGGCAGACGCCUGCCAGAGUUCCAGCAACCAGUCCAAGCAACGGUUUCAUGAACUGUAUGUCCAAAGGCACAACAAUGUCAGUAUUCUCUAUGCUGACAUUGUGAAUUUCACACCCCUGUCUGAGCAACUUUCUGCAUCGGACCUUGUAAAAACUCUCAAUGAAUUAUUUGGAAGAUUUGAUCAAAUAGCACAAGAAAAUCAUUGCAUGAGGAUAAAGAUUUUAGGAGAUUGCUAUUACUGCGUCUCAGGACUACCAGUCAGUAGGCCUAGUCAUGCCACCAAUUGUGUUCAAAUGGGCUUAAGCAUGAUAGAAGCAAUUCGUGUCGUACGCGAAGCUACAGAAGUCAACGUGGAUAUGCGGAUAGGUGUACAUACCGGUGACGUCUUGUGCGGCGUACUGGGUCUCCGUAAAUGGCAGUUUGACGUGUGGUCCGAUGACGUCACGCUUGCCAAUCACAUGGAAUCUGGUGGGGUACCAGGGAAGGUUCACAUAACAAAAGCCACUUUCCAGCAGCUGGAUGGCCAAUUUGAAGCUGAACCUGGUUAUGGACACCAAAGAGACCAGUACUUAGCAGAUCACCAAGUAGAAACCUUUCUCAUAGCUCCACAAAAGAAACCCGAAUCACUAGCACCAUUGCUUGGAGAAGUGGAUUUACGAAGAAGCUUUCGGACAAGAAUAUCUACCAAAAUGAGUAAAUAUAUGGAAUGCUGGGGUGCGGACAAACCUUUUGCUAACAUUUCGGAAUCAACAUUAGCAAAAAAUAUCAGACUCACGAGCUUGGCCCUCAUUGAAACUAAUCUGCUUCCUGGCACUGAUUCCGGAUUUAGUUGCAGGCAAUGCGAAAAGCGAGAGGAUUUGAACCCGGUUCUCCUACGGUUUUACGAUUCGAAUCUGGAGACAGCGUUUCGCAACCAGCCGGAUUCUAAGUUCUCUUAUUCCAUGGCUUGCGUCUGUGCCCUGUUCCUCUGCAAUGCUGGAGUUCAACUUCUUGUUUUUUCACUAUCAAUGCCCUUGGUUGGAACACUGGCAUCGACUUUUGUCGUCAUAGCUACUCUCGCCACAGUUACAUGGAUUCAACGAGCGCAGAGCAGGAGCAACAACAGUCACCAUGCACACUCCUCUCUAGGCCCCUGUUCUACAGACGUCACCACCAGUCAUUCACUCAGAGUUAUUCUCUUCUUGAUUGCCAACUCAUUCCUGUUUGCUUCAGCUUUUAUCAACAUGGUGAUUUGCGUUCCAGAAGAUGCUGAGUUUCGAGUGUCUCUGAAUGAAACUCUAAGUUUCUUCUCGAGACAAACAGAAGAACUGCCACCUCACUGCCACUAUGGUCAGGCUCAGAUUUUUCCAGCUGUGCUAACACUAACUACCGUCUCCUUGUUCCUGAAGUUGUCUUACUUGCUAAAACUCAUAGUCAUGGUCACUGAAAUAAUCGGAUUUGGAUUGGCGUUUACAAUCGUAAGACCAGAUCUUUUUUCCGCCACACUAGAGGACGGUGAUGGGUUUGAAAAAUUACCUUUAUCCGUAUAUGCCAUAUUAUUUUUAAUCAUCUUUACGCUAAUACUUCUAGUGUUGGACAGACAGUCAGAGUCCACAUCUCGAGCAGAUUUUUUAUGGCAAAACAAGCUAAGAGUGGAGCAAGACGAAGUAGAAACGAUGGGAAGCAUAAACAAGAUUCUUCUAGAAAAUAUCCUACCCGCACAUGUGGCUCAGCAUUUUCUGUCAAACAACAGACAGACAGAGGAGUUGUACCACGAGAGGUAUCGAAACGUAGCUGUGAUGUUCGCUUCCAUACCUAACUACAAGGAGUUCUAUGAUGAAACAGACAUUAACAAGCAAGGACUAGAGUGUCUAAGGCUUCUGAAUGAAAUUAUUUGUGAUUUCGAUAAGUUGUUGCUGAAGCCGAAGUUCAGUAGAAUAGAAAAAAUCAAAACCAUAGGAAGUACGUACAUGGCAGCUGCGGGACUACAGCCGGGAAGAGAAGAGAACGGAGACCUGUCUCGGCAAGGGCAUAACGUUGUUGCGCUAACAGAAUUUGCUAUUGCACUCAUGGCAUUGUUAGAUCAAAUCAACAGGGAAUCAUUUCAAAGAUUUAGGCUUAGAGUUGGCAUUAACCACGGUCCAGUAAUUGCAGGUGUCGUAGGGGCACAAAAACCGCAGUACGAUAUCUGGGGUAACACAGUCAAUGUAGCCAGCCGGAUGGAUAGUUGUGGGGUCAUGGGGAAAAUACAGGUCACUGAGGACACGGCAAAAACACUCAUGGAGCAUAAUUACGAGUGUGAAUGUCGAGGGACAAUCUACGUCAAGGGCAAGGGCAACUUGACGACCUAUUUUGUGAAAACUCAGUUCGACCGACAUGGAGAUUGCUGA